AUGCAUGCUCAGCCUGUCAACUUCGAUACUUUGAGAGCUACCCUGAAAGUUCAGUAUAGCCCUGGGGUUAUCCUUAGUUGUUGGAUCCCUGGUUCAAUGAGGACGGCCGAAUCCGCACGUACCUGGAAGUGGAGGUGGAGACAGUCCACCUUGCGAUACCGCUCGCAAGACUGCUCCAGAGCCCGGGUCUGGAUGGGGGCCAAGGGAGAUGUUCCCACAGCAACAGCCCCGGCGUACGUCUCGGCGCGUGCGCCGCUCCUCGCCCCGCCCCCUGACCCGACGGCGAGGGGCGGGGUGACAAGGGAGCAAAGACGGCGGAGAGGUGCCGCCUCCAGCAACGCCGGAAGUUUCGGGGGGACCAGAGCUGCGGGGACCGGGGGAACCGCAGGACCUCAGGAGCGGCAUAAGGCGUGCUCGGGCUCCUCAGUCCGCAAUUCGUCCCCGCGCGCUGUGGGGAGCGCGUUCUCCAGCGUCCUGGCUGUCACGGCCGUGGUUGUCCGGGCGGUGGCCUGGCUGCUCCUCUGGGAGGCGGCUGGACUCACCACACCCGCCACGGCCUUCACUGCCACCCCCACCGACGCUGGCAUAAGGGCUACUUGUUCAGAAAUUAUUUUGAGGCAAGAAGUUUUGAAAGAUGGUUUCCACAGAGACCUUUUAAUAAAAGUGAAAUUUGGAGAAAGCAUUGAGGACUUACAGACCUGCCGACUCUUAAUUAAACAGUACAUCCCGACGGGACUUUUUGUGGAUCCAUAUGAGUUGGCUUCAUUAAGAGAGAGAAACAUAACAGAGGCAGUGAUGGUUUCCGAAGACUUUAAUAUAGAAGCUCCCAAUUAUUUGUCUAAGGAAUCCGAAGUUCUUAUUUAUGCCAGACAAGAUUCACAGUGCAUUGAUUGUUUCCAAGCUUUUUUGCCUGUGCACUACCGCUAUCAUCGGCCACAUAGUAAAGAUGGAGAAACCUUUAUUGUGGUCAAUAACCCUGAUUUAUUGAUGUAUUGUGACCAAGAGUUUCCAAUUUUGAAAUGCUGGGCUCAGUCACAAGUGGCAGCUCCUUGUGCUUUGAAGAAUAAGGAUAUAUGCCAGUGGAACAAUAUGAAAUACAAAUCAGUAUAUAAGAAUGUGACUCUACAGGUUCCAGUGGGACUAACUAUACAUACCUCUUUAGUAUGUUCUGUGACUCUGCUCAUUACCAUCCUGUGUUCAACUCUGAUCCUUGUGGCUGUUUUCAAAUAUGGCCAUUUUUCCCUAUAAGUUUUGUGGAGCUUAAUGCUUCCCAUAAACCUAAAUAAGACCUAUUUACUUGAGAUCAGAAAUGUUCUUCUAGGGGUGCCUGGGUGGCUCAGUCGGUUAAGUGGCUUCCUUCAGUUCAUGAUCUCAGGGUCCUGAGAUCCAGCUCCUUGCUCCACAGGGAGCCUGCUUCUCCCUCUCCCUCUGUUGUUCUCCCCUGCUUAUACUCUAGCUCUCAAAUAAAUAAAUAACAUGUUUAAAAAAAAAAGGAGUGUUCUUCUAGAAUUAUGUCAUUGUUUUUGUCUUCAUUUAUGGCUGUAAUUUUGUGUACUAGAGGAAAUUUUAGACCAUUUUCAACCCAUUCCAGAAUUUAGAGCUCUGUUGUAUAGACCAUUGAU